GGAACUUUAAUAAUAUUCUCGCAGGAUGAACUCAUUAUGCUCCGACAUGAAAGGCUUGUGCAUCCAUGCAUUCCCAAAUUGUAUGGAUAUUGUCGAGACAAAAACCAUCCACCUGCUGUUGUUUAUAACAUCAAGUCCCUCGAUUCACUCUUCAACCUUAUCCCCAGAGGCGAUUUUACAUGGGUACAAAGGAUUAAUGUUGCCUUUGCAUUUGCCUGCCUCCUCAAGUUCUUGCAAGCUAGACUAGGAGACCUUGAUCCAUUUGUGAUUCGCAAUUUGGCUGCAGAACAUGUGUUAUUGGAUGAGAAAUACAACCCUAAGUUGGUUGAUUUCAGCAUGAUAACAGGUGGAAUAUUUCCAAAUAGGCAAGUAUACUCUUUUCAACCUUAUGGAAGCAGGGUUAACAGAGACCCAGACUUAUUAUUUCAAGACUCACCAGCUCAUAUAGCAACCUGGACAAAAAAGAGUGAUGUUUAUGCAUUUGGUGUUAUGCUUCUAAGCCUAGUUUCCAAAAAAAUCACCACAGAUGAAAUGCGGCUAAUGGGUGAGAUUUCUGUAAGCGAAUGGGAACAUGAAAAAUAUGAGCUUUGCGAAUCAUUGGUUCACGAGAGCUUGCAGGCAGAUCCAUGUUUCUAUGAUGUUGAUGGGAAAAAGCUUUCAAUGAUAGGCGUGCUUUGUACAUCUUAUAAAUGUCAAGAUCGGCCGUCAAUGAAGGAAGUUGUCAAUAAACUUUUACAUCUGCGUGUUCUGCAGAAUCAAAAAGAACUUUUGAUCAAGAAACUCCACCCCUACUUCUCUUUUUAUACGUGGAAUAACAAGAAACCCAUUAACGAUAUGAAGUAUAGAGAUACCAAAAUAGGUACACACAUUUAUUCACUUAUAUUUUUCAACCAAUGA